GCCCACCCAAAUUCACCACCCACUUUCACGGGCAACCACCACCUCGAUAGCGUCCACUCCAACCAACAAAUCUGUGUGACGUCCUUCAAUUCGAAACCCUAUUAGGAACCCGCUCUGAGGAAAGGUCAAUAAUCACCGCGCCUUGGAUUGUCACGAGUCCUGAACCAUUAGUUUGCUGUUACAUCGACCAGCUUGCACUUGAUCGCAAACAAGAGCAAGACAUCCCUCGGAAACAAGCUCGAACGCAGCUUCGUCCAACCCGCAUCUCAACGCCGCAUUAUCGUCCUCCCUCGCGUCCAUUUGCGACUUCGACUUCGGGUUCGAGCAUCAACAAUUGGCAGCGCUACGAAAUAUCUACGAACUCAGCGAUAUAUCACCAAGUGCUGGGCCUGCCUUCUUUUCCAACCAAGUUUUCCGACCGUCAUGAGAUUACCAUAGUCGACGACAAUCAUACCGUUACUGCCACACGAACCACCCUUCACAAUGGCGCGCUCCGAAUCCCAACAAUCCGUCUUCUCCUCUUAUGCGCCGAGGUUACGCACCUACAACAACUCCCUCCUCACACCCGUUCUUCCCGGCACUGCUCCCGCGAACCCACUUUCGCGCACAACGAAGCGCGGCACUACCAUCAUCAACUAUGCCGAGGAUGGCUACGACGACUACGACGAUGACGACGACAAUACCCGCAGCCGCCGCCGCCCUACAGGCCUCCGCAGCGUACAGCCCGACGACGGUACUGUCAAGGCCGACCCGGCCGAGAAGGUUGGGAAGGAUACACACGAGCCCGUAGAGGUACAAGGCAUUUGGCGGGACUGGAUGGGAAGAUUUCGCCAGGGACGAUCUGAUCAACAAAACUUCGCCCAAGCCAGCCUACCUCUCACCCUGAUUCCUAUACGGAUUGACCUCGAUAUCCCAUCCUACACUCCGCCCCCGUCUCUCCCUCCGAAUGCUGCGAACCUGGACCCCAACAGUCCUCUCUUCAAACCACAGGAGCCCACCGUCCCAUACCGGUUACGCGACACGUUUCUGUGGAACUUGCACGAGACUUUGAUAACCACUGACCAGUUUGCGACUGUCCUGGUCCAGGAUUUGGACCUUCCUAACCGGAAUCAGACCAUAGCCGAGAUCAGCAAGCAAAUAAGGACACAACUAGAAGAGUACGCCGGUGUUGCUCUCCAUCCUCUCUUCCACUCCCACCGCGACCGUCCAGCAACCGAGGCUCCCAAGCCCACCAACCUGCUCGAAGCCGCGACCUCAACCCCCAAUACCCCAGCAGUCAACGGUAACGCCGUAUCAACACCAACACCCGCCGCCAACGGCACUUCAGCAGUCCAAACAUCCACCGGCGAAAUCACGGCCGCCGCAACCCCGAUCCCCCCAGACGCCGACGACUUUAGCCCCGACGACACCUACCGCUGCAUCAUCAACCUCAACAUCAACCUCUCCUCGCAAGUCUACACCGACAAGUUCGAGUGGUCGCUCCUCCACCCUCCAGGCACCGCCGAGGCCUUCGCCAAGCAAACUUGCGCCGACCUGGGUCUGCACGGCGAAUGGGUACCCGCCAUGACGCACGCCAUCUACGAGGCUGUGCUCAAGCUCAAGAAAGAAGCCUGCGAGUCCGGCGGCCUGGUAGCCGGUUGGGGCACCACCGCACUGGGAGUUGGCGGUGUCGAGUUCCCCAACGACACUGCCGUCACCGCGGGCGGCGAAGGUGCCGGCUGGCGAUACGACCCGGAGCAUCUGGCGGAGGAUUGGGAGCCCAAGCUAGAGACGCUGUCGAAGGAGGAGAUCGAGAAGCGCGAGGGCGAUCGCGAGAGGCAGAUCCGCAGACUGCGCAGAGAGACGGCCCGGUUCAGCAGCAAUACCGGCAUGGCGGGCGGCGUGCCCGUCGGAUUUGGAUUUGGUGGGCUGAUUGAGCAGGAAGAGGAGCGCAUGGGUCGCGGGGAGAGGAGCAAGAAGAAGAGAAGGUUUAGAAGCUUGUCGCCGACUAGUGGUAGGCACACCCCGGAUGUUGGCGGCGGCGGCGGCGGCGGUGGUGGUGGGGUGUGGGGCACCAGUGUGUGGGCGGUUCGGGAUGGACCUUAUGGACCGAGGUCACUCUGCAAUAACUGCGGCUUCAUCUACGAGCGGGAUAGGAAACUGCCGAGGUGGGCUAGGAACCUGCACGGAGCUGAUCCCAAGCCUCUGUGAAAGAAGGAUGUUCAAGGCUGGAAAAGUUUGGCCGAGGGGGGCAGGGUUUGUGGGUUGGCGUCUUGAUUGGAGAAACGUCUGUCUCCUAGCUCGACUUCUCUUCCAAAAGACAAUGUACUUUGCAUUGAGACCAUCGGUUUGAUAUCGUCGUCUUCAACUUCAUUCAGGAGAGGGGUGUAGAAAAAGGAAGGAAAUUCAAGCAGAGGGAACCGGCGUCAUGGCAAGGCUAGGAUAGGAGAAAGCAGUGUUACAGUUGGCACAUUUGUUUGACU